UCUGGCUUUUUGGCUAAGUUCAUCGGUUAUAGGUACUUACUUCCUUCUACCUACUACAACAUUAUUACCCAUUUUGAAGUCGGGUUAUGGGGAAACAAUGCGAAUUCUAAGAUUUCUUUAUACAAAUUCAAGAUUUGAAGCAUUAUCCCCUUUAACUUUGGUCCGACGUUUACAUGCCCGUUCCUUUGAGGAAUUGUUGCAUAACGCAGAUGACCAGAAGUUCAAGUGUGCCGUUACUGGGCCUACACAAGUCUUCCUUCGGCCAUUAACUCCUUCGUUCUAUCUUUUAAAUUACUUGAAGCUCCGUAAUAACAAUAAUUUAAGUAAUUUGAAGCCUGCCGAGUUCCAACUGAUUCUUCGUUCGUUUAAGCUAUUCAACAAUGGGAAUAGACUUACAGAAAGAGAAAAACAAACCGCUAUAAAGAUACUGAAUUUACUUCUUCACGAUGCCAAUGAACUAGGUAUACAAUUGAACAUCGGAGAUUUUACCCACAUGUUACGAAUCGCUAUGUAUAUAGGAUACGAGCCCGUUGCAGAUAAAGUGAUCAAAACUGUAAAAAAGAACGAAUUAAGACCAAGCUUGAAUUAUUUGAAUUGUGUCUUGGGAAAUUAUGGAGGGUGUAGGUGGUCAUUAAAUAAAUUCAAUAGUCCCGCCUGGAAAGGAAGUCCCACCCAAGAACCAGUAUCAACUGCGAUGUUAGAAGCAGUAGAUAUUGAUUUCCCAAGAAAUGGAUUUGCUCCAGAUUCGACAACCUAUGAUUACCUAAUUGUCGGGCUAGCUAGAGAUGGAAAAAUAGAAGAAAUUCGAGAUUUACUCAAAAGAAUCUGGGGUAUAGGCCAAGGAAAACCAGGAGAACGCUUGGUCGAAAGAAAUAAUUCAACAUACCCUACUUCACAUACUAUCCUUUCGGUUGCCAGUGCUUUUGGAUACCUUGGUGACAUACCGGCUGCGGUUGAAUUAUGCAAGGAAUUAUCAGAAACGUACAAAAUCCGCUUCUCUGAACUAGCAUGGUGCUACAUAAUUUAUUGGUCUACGGUUGCUCCCAAAUUCAAAUCGGCAGCUGGUAUUACCAACAUGAGUUAUCCAGAUAUAUAUUCUCGGAUGUAUUAUUUAUCAAACAAAGAUCGAGUUCCUUAUCCAAAGAUAUACCAAACCGUUAUUGCAUAUUAUAAGAAGACAGGGAAGUCUGGAUUAAUUGAAAGAGUUUGUCAGAGAUGGAUGAAGCAUUUGCUGCAUUCUCAAAGAACGUUGACGAUGAAAGAAAAAGAGAAACAGAAGGAGAUGCUCAUAAAAGAGAUCUCUUUCAUUAUUAGUAGCAAAAAAGAAGAUAAACCUUCAAGCCAGAACCGGAUACGCGUUAAAUGGAUGAAGUUGUUGCAUCAAUUACAGUUUUAUCUGAAGUCUUAAUCAUUUCUAAACCCUCUAAACCUAUGUCGUUCACACUAAAUAAUAAAUUUAAGACAAGUCAAUAAUGGGAAUAUUUUCAUACAUUUUUCUCCUGCCGCUUGCCCCUAUAUCUUCCUUCCAGGUUCCGUUAAGGCUUUCUCUUAUAUAUAUUCUUCUGAUGGUUUGAUCUUUUGAAAAGCGCUCCUUGGAUUUAGUUAUUGAACCUUCAUUACGAUUAUUAUCGACUUGAUUUUGGUUUUCGUUAUACUUUCCUGUUUUUUCCGAGCUUUUCGGAAGAAUCUCCUGGAUUUUUGGAAGAUCGUCAUCUGUAAAAGAUUCAUCGGUUGCUUGCGACAACUUUUGAGAAGAUUGUGGGCGUGGUUUCGAAAACAAGUUUGUUGGAAGAAGCCCUAUCGGCCUUUUAGUAGAUGUUGUUUUCCUCUCGGCAUGCAUGGAAUCCCGACUUUCUUCUGGGUCUAAAGACAGUCGCUUGGUUUUCUGGACUAAACGUCCUAAGUCAGAAUUUGUUCGUCCAAAAAACUGAGAUAUUUUUGGAUAUGUGAUAUUUUGUAUAAAGCAGGCAGGUAUCCAUGAUGUGGUCUCUCUUAAAAGCGAUUUCCAUUGAUUCAUAAACGAAGUAUUCGCUUCAUUAUCAUACACGAUCGUUUCAAUAUUCCAUUCACAAUCCAAGAUUUUGUUUGGAUAGAAAGUAAUUUGUUUUUCUAAUAUCAUACCUGUAGAUUUGUUUCUUCUUGUCUUAUGAGAGGCUGUGUAAUAUUUUGAGACCAUUCCAGUAGAAUGAAGGA